AUGAAAGGCCUACGGAAAGAAAAGUUUUGGAGAGACAUGGACGAUCAAAACAAUACAACAAGUUUUACGUUGGAGAUAGAUAACUUUUCCGGGAAGAAAUCUGUGAUAUCACCAAACUUCUUAAGCGGCGGCUGCGAAUGGUACGUUACCGUACGUUUUCCCGAUGGAGUUCGUAUUAAUGAUCACUGCAUGUAUAUGUACCUCUACGUCGGAAAUACUGAAUCACUGCGACUUGGAUGGAAAAUACGAGCUAGUUAUUCCUUCCUUGUGUUGAAUCAAUCACUCGAAGAGCUCUACAGAUGCGAUGAAGUGUGCCGAUUGUUCUGCGAUCACUUACGAGGACGGGGUUGGUAUGUGAAUCUUGAAAAGAUUCAAGAAAAAGGGCUAUUCCAGGACCACCCGGACAUUGCCAAGAACUUGAGAGAAAAGGACCAAUUGGUGAAGGCAGCAUACAUGAACGACCUCCUAAGUCUCAUUGAGACACUGAACAAGCCUCCAUGUACCUUAUCCCUGACUGAGCUAAGCAAAUCUCUCAAGGAGUUGAUGGUGCUAGAAGAAGCGGGCUUCAAGCUAAACUGGUUAAAGAAAAAGCAUGAUGAGGUUUCCUUGGAGUGGAAGAAAGCAAAUUUUGAUGCUACUCGAGACCAAGAAUUUGAGGAACACGCCAAGAAUCUCAAAGCUGAAGAGAAUAAGGAGAAGGUCAAGGCUGCUACUUGUGCUGCUAGACAAGACUGGCUCGAAGGUGUUGUUCGCUCAUGGAACGAGUGGAGAGUAAGAAUGGGUUUUGUUGUUUCCGUUGGAAAGAUCGAACCCAUUAUAAAGAAUCCAUCUCGCAGUGAAGUCAGAUUGAGUAUAUCUGCAUAUGCAGAGUUUGCACGACGAGUACAGGAUUUAUGA